UGUAGUUGAGUUAAGAGAAAGAAAAGAAUGCGAAACAACUAGGAAAGUACACUUCACAAAAACAAACAACCACAUCUUCAACUCCGGUUCUUGUUUUUCUCAUUUUCCGACCAAACCUGUUCCAAAUUCGUCAUUCUCCGGCAAUGUCUAUCAACACCGAAUCUUCGCCGCCGCCUCCGGUCAUCGGUAAAAUUGGACCGUACACUGUUUUCAUGACGCCGCCAUCAACCCCUAAACCCUCCUCUUCCGAACCGGUUACUACUCUUCCUUCACCAAACAUCAACAAUGUUAACAAUCAUGCUAAGAUCCUUCCUCCUCCACCUCAGAUUCAUAACCCUCUCCCUUCUUCCAAAACCCUCUCCUCUGAUGCUUCGUCGUUUCUCGGAUUUUUCAAGAUCGCUGUUAACAGGGUUCAGACCGCUCAUUCUAAUUUGGAUGACCAUUUGGCUCGUUGGUUUGGGUUGAAUCAGUCAAAGUAUCAAUGGGCUCUUGAUGAUUAUUACGAGACCAACGGAACUGCAAAAGGAGAUGUAAAAGUGAAAGAAGUAUCAAGCAAAGUACAGAGUGUUUGACCUGCGUAGUUCUCAUGGAUUUAAUCAAAAGUGAGAUGCGAAGAGUCUUGCUUUGAGUAUAUUUAUACCUUCGUCGUAUUUACAUGUGGAGUAGACAAACAACAAUUCUUGUGAUAUGUUCAAGAGUUAUUUGAUCUACAACCAUUGAUCUUCUGAUUCAAUGCUUCAAUGCUUUGUUGUUCUUGUAUUGUAUUGUAUUGUAGUUUAAGAAGUGUUUCAAUUUUCCUUGCCUAGGAGCUGUUUUUGUAUUUGCAUUUGGUUAAGGAAAAACAUUGGUACUUGCAUUCUUAUGGCGACGACAACAACGUUAUUAUCUCCAAAACAGUUUGUAUGACUUAAGAAAUGAAAGGGUCUGAUAAUUUUA